AUGGCUUUCGAGGAUGCCACCGUUGUCGACAUCCCUGCUUUGGCAAGCGACUGUGGCAGGCUGCUUCUCGAGCACGAAUCAUCGGAGCAACUUGGCCAUGUUGGUAGUGACGACGCCGUGGCCGAGGGCCUAGUGAAGCUCCUCCAAAGUUGUUUGAAUGAGGGAUCCGAUGUGGAUAUGGAGAACAACCUUCCAGCAUCGGUUCUCUGCGAAAUCAUCUUUGACUUAGUCAGGGACCGGGAUCGCGAGUUCCACGCUAUGCUCGAGGACCUCGAAAGACUAGUGCCUUUCGAUGAGUUUGAUAUUGGUAUGCCCUCCGAAUCUGCCACUACUUGGCAAAACAGCUUACGCGAUGAGAAAGACCCGUACCUUUACGAACUGCAGCCUCAAUUCGAUCGAAUGUCUGCCGUGAGGGCGCCCUGCGGAUAUGCAGGGCUUCGUAAUCUGUCAAACACCUGCUACCUCAAUUCGCUGUUCACCCAGCUCUUUAUGAACACAGGGUUCCGCAAAUUCAUGAUGAACGCUCGCGUUCCAAGCCAGGCCAACACGCAUGCGCUGCUCAGAGAAACUCGAAAGCUAUUUGCAUUCAUGCAAGAAAGCUCCCGAAAAUUCAUCGAUCCCAGCUUGCUGGUCGGUUCGAUCAAGACGUACGAGGAGACAAUCAUUGAUGUGCACAACCAGAUGGACGUUGACGAAUUCUACAACCUGCUUUUUGAUCGCUGGGAAGGACAGCUCUCCACGGCCGAUGACAGAAAAGCCCUGAGGUCCUUUUAUGGUGGCCAACUUGUCCAGCAAGUUGCUUCCAAGGAAUGCGAGCAUAUUUCCGAGCGUCUUGAGCCAUUCUCGGCCAUUCAGUGCGACAUCAAGGGCAAAAGCACUCUUCAGGAUAGUCUCCAGGCUUACGUCGAUGGUGAAAUCAUGGAAGGGGACAACAAGUACAAGUGUUCGAGCUGCGACCGACACGUGGACGCAGUCAAAAGAGCUUGCUUGAAGGAUAUUCCGGACAACCUGAUCUUCCAUCUCAAACGGUUCGAUUUCAAUCUCCGGACUUUGAUGCGAAGCAAGAUCAAUGACCACUUCUCAUUCCCCACAAAGAUCGACAUGCGCCCAUACACCAUUGACCAUCUCGGAUCUCCUUCAGACUCUGGUGAGGAGGACAUCUUCGAGCUGGUUGGCGUCCUUGUUCACGCAGGCACGGCAGAAUCUGGCCACUACUAUUCGUAUAUCCGGGAGCGACCGACCACGGCUUCCUCGGAGACAUGGUUCGAGUUCAAUGACGACGUCGUUUCACCGUGGGACCCAGCAAAAAUGGAAGAGUCGACUUUCGGCGGCACGGAUGGGUCUGUGGAGACCGGGAUCGCCUACGACAAGACUUACAGCGCAUACAUGCUUUUCUACCAACGAUCCUCCGUCUUGAGAGCAGAGCAGGAGAAGUUACAGGGUCUUUCGCUGACUACUCCGUUGAAGGUCGAUGUUCCCGCCGAGGUCGCCGACCACAUCAACGGCGAGAACGCCGUCCUACUCCGACGGCAUUGCCUUUACGAUCCAAGCCACUUAAAGUUCGUGCUCCGCAUGUUCCAGAACGCAAAGAUGCGCAAUGGCGGCGAAUGUUCGAGCAUGCACAUCAUUGAGCAACGGGCUAUGUAUAUGCUUCUCGGUCACCUCGACCAGGUUGCCUCCCGAACCAAAGACCUCCCCUAUUUCGAGCUAUUUCGAGACGAGAUCGAGCAUGCUGUCGUCAACUGUGCUAAGUGCGCCGUGGACUUCUUCGAUUACUUUCAAGAGAGGCACGAGGCAUUCCGGCAACUUAUUCAGAGAAACCCUGAUUGCAAUGUCAGAUACACGAUUGGAAGUCUAUUCAUCACAGCCUUGCGGCAGAUCAAGACCUUCAAGCCCGAGGUCUGGGGGUUGUCCCAGGCAGACAUGGUCGAAGAUCCUGUCAUGAUGCAAGUUGUUCAGAUGUUCGACACACUUUGGAGCAACUUCCACGCUAAUAUCCGGUCGUGGCCCGAAGUUUUCCAAACCAUUCUGGCCUUCGCACAGAUGGGCCCGUUAGAGAUGGCUGUACUCAUGUCGGAAGACUGGUUCUUUAGGGUCUUGCGCAUCGUCUUCGCUGAUACCAAUAUGGACCUUCCCAAUAACUAUGCCCGAAUGUUGACCAACGUCAUACGCCGCAUCAACAACACGCGGUCGACUUCGUACGAGAUGAUUAUUCAGCUCAUUGACCACUUUAUGGACGCCCUGGAGGACGUUAUUGACGUUCACACCAUCGUGGAAAACCACGAGAUGCGCUUGGAGAUCUACAUGGAGCACCAAGCGCCCAAGAUGUCUUGGACGCCCGACGAAGUGAAUGUUCUUGCCCACGAAUGGAACAAAGGAACGGGGAGCACUUUCGUCAAGAAGUUGAUCGACCUUGACCAGGAGCCCGCCUUCACAGCGUCAAUCAUCAAGCGGAUCAUUCAUUUGAACCCCGACAUGGACCAAAAAGUAUUCAUGGCUAUUAAGAGUAUGAUUACAGGCCAAGUGGUCCAGUAUUCGAUGACGCCCUACAUCAGAGCCGCUGUACUGUUCUCUGAGGAAAGCAGCAAUGCAGCCUGCGUUCAGGCCCUGUUCCGGCACAUUGCCUUCCAGUGCAGAACCCUGCAGAACACGGACGGCAAGGCCUUCCUGGAUUUCUUCCGGCUAGCCUACGUUAGCCUGCAGAACGAACGCGAGGAGGUCAGGGCCGCUCGAUACCCUCUGUAUAUGGAGCACGUUCCCGUGUGGGCACCCACGCUGCUGGGCUACUACGACGCAGAGGUGCGGCGCGGAGCGGAAGAGUUCUUGUACUUGUGGUUUGCAAAUCACGAAGCGGUCGAAGACGAUGACGAGAGGAUAGCAACAGUCUUGAACUCGGUGGCUCGGAGACUUGCGAUGAACUGCCUCAUCUAUCUUCGAGAGCACUUUGUGCAGAGGCGCGCCCAAGUGGCCAAGCAGUCCACAGAGCCCCUGCUAGCCAUUGUUGCCAAGUGCGAACCCUUCUUCACGAAUGGCGUGGGACUCAAUGGGAUGGGAAUUAUCUCGUACGAAGACUUCCAAGAGCUCUAUCGCUCUGUCAUUGAUCCGCUGCGACGCAUGACAGUGGAAGAAUUGGAGGAUGAGGGUUCCGGUAUGUCCCCAGGACUCUACAGUGACACGGACACCAUCGGUUCAGAACCAUGA